AUGAAAGACGAAGUAUUUGCCCAAGGCCUUGGGUUGCAGGUUCACAUUCGUACCAAGAUUGUUGGAUACUGGUCCUACAUUCAAAGUAUUGCCAUUCAGAUUGGCGAUGACAUUCUAGAGAUUGAAGGUUCUGCGGAUACGGAAGAAGGCGAUGACGACGGGGCUCAUCCUCACUAUUGGUCCAAUUACGAGUAUCAAGGACACCUCGAAAAUGUUGCUGGAUUUCCAGUAACCCAAGAGCUAUCCUCCACUGCCUCCUACAAACGUUCGUAUACGAUUGAUUUUUCCGACAAGUAUUCCACAGGACAAAACAUUACUGUGGAAACCUACAAGGAGUUUGUCCGUGUUCGAUUCAAUGGAGACGAAUCCAUCUUUGGCAAUACGGUUGGUCUUCUUGGUGACUGUAAGACUGGAAAGACCUAUGCCCGGGAUGGUGUCACUGGCAUGGAGGACCUGGUGGAGCUGGGUGAUGAGUGGCAAGUACUUCCGUACGAACCAAGGCUCUUUCACGAAAGCUCGCAUCCCCAAUUUCCAGACAAAUGCUUAAAGCCAGAAGGAGAACGCAAUGCGCGUCGUUUGGCCGAGGAAUCUCCUAGUGUUGGCACCAUUUCUAUGGAGCAUAAGCAACAAUCUCUUGCGCGUCUGCUUUGA